UCCCCGGCACCCGCGCGCGCCCUCCGUUCGAUCGUCCUCUCGUGCACCUCCCUUCCUGACUCCCUCCAGCGUCGCAGGCUGCCUGCACCCGUGCCGCAAGAGCAAUGGAGGUGGGCGCGAGCAUGGCGAUGCAGUCGCGCGCGCCUGGCGUCGGUGCCGGGGCCGGCGGGCGCCGGAGCGCGUUCCUCGGCUGGGAGAAGCAGGCCCGGGCGGGGAGCCUGCGUGUUGGAGCUGGAACUGCCGGAGCGGCUGCCGUCGCUGUUCGGGCUCGCGGGACCAAACCCGUCGCCCCGCUGCGCUGCGUCAGGGCAUCUCGAGGCAAUGAGAGCUUGCAUAACUCAGUUGACGAGGCCCUUUUGUUGAAGAGGAAAUCAGAAGAAGUUCUGUUCCACUUGAAUGGGCGCUGCAUUUACCUAGUUGGAAUGAUGGGCUCUGGAAAGAGCACGGUUGGGAAGAUCUUGGCUGAAGUUCUGGGUUAUUCAUUCUUUGACAGUGAUAAGUUAGUAGAGCAAGCAGUUGGCAUGCCUUCAGUUGCUGAAAUAUUUAAGGUUCAUAGUGAAGCGUUUUUCAGAGAGAAUGAGAGUAGUGUCUUGAGGGAUUUGUCCUCAAUGCGGCGAUUAGUUGUUGCAACUGGAGGGGGUGCUGUUAUUAGGCCAAUCAACUGGAAUUACAUGAAUAAAGGUCUAUCUGUUUGGUUGGAUGUGCCUUUGGACGCACUUGCAAAACGUAUUGCUCAAGUGGGGACUGCUUCUCGUCCUCUUCUAGACCAGCCAUCUGACGAUCCAUACACAGCGGCUUUCACAAAACUAAGCAUGCUCGCGGAGCAAAGAGGUGAUGCUUAUGCAAAUGCUGAUGCAAGAGUUUCUCUUGAAGAGAUUGCAGCUAAGCAGGGCCACGGUGAUGUUUCUAAGCUCACACCAACCGAUAUCGCCAUCGAGGCGCUACUCAAGAUUGGGAACUUCGUCGCUGAGCAUCCGAAAACCUAUGGCCAAGUUGGCAACUUACAAGCUGAUUCUCAGAGCCGAAGGAUACAGGCCUUGUAGGAUUUUGACCCAUAGAGUGCAGCGCUCUACAAUAUUUGUUUGUUCUUUAUUCUAAAAUCUGAAAUCUGAAAGGUACCCUACCUGUAAAAGUGUAGACUAUAGAUAGAGCAAUUGAAGAAUGGAGCUAAUGAGAGAAGCUCCACGGAUGAAAAAGGUUUUUACAGUUACCAAGUUCACCCCGUUGGUUUUCGACCAGCUUUCUUUCCUCCGCAGAGUGCCUGUUUCAGAGACAUGAAUUUUGUACGAAGUUCGCAUGAAAUUCAUGAUAAAUAGUUCGUUUUCUCCAUGAAUUUUGUAUGAAGUUCGCAUGAAAUUCAUGGUAAAUGGUUUGUUUUCUCCUUCAAA